AUGACGAGCCGUCGCCGUUGCAUGCGGCAGCACCUGACUUGCCCGUUAUGCCUCCUUAUCCUUUGCCACGUGGCAUCCACGUGUCGAGUGUGUCUUCCGCCUAUGUUCUCGGCAGCAGCAAACGGCUCCCCUCCAAACCCUAAUUGGGAGAUCGACUUCGACUGGCUGAGUAACGAGAGCCAAAUCGCCAUGGCGCGAUUCGCCGUGGCACAGCACAACGCCACCAAGGUGUUGUACUCUCUUACGACAGGUGUUGUACUCUCUUACGACAGCCCUUCUCCCCUUCAUCCCUUCUCCCCUUCAUCCCUUCUCCCCUUCAUCCCUUCUCCCCUCCAUCCCUUCUCCCCUUCAUCCCUGCUCCCCUUCUCCCCGUCUCUCGCCUCUCCACGCCAGAACGACAGCCUACAGCCAGUCGGAGUUCUCUAUGUGGACCGCCCAGACAUUGCCAGCACAGGCAAUGGCAGCGCAGGCAACUCAAGCGCAGGCGGGGAGGAGUACGGCGUGACACUGGCGGCUCUCAGCCUGCUGCGCACUGCCUUCUUCGACGCCCUCCUCUCCCGCCGCCCUCUUGUGGCCGCGCAAUCCGCGCUCCCUGCUGCUGCCCCUCCGCCAGCAGCCUCAGCCACACUGGUAGCCAUAGCAGCAGCAGAAGCAGCAGCAGCAGCAGCAGCAGCAGCAGCAGCAGCAGCAGCAGCAGCAGCAGCAGCAGCAGCAGCAGCAGCAGCAGCAGCAGCAGCAGCAGCAGCAGCAGCAGCAGCAACUGCACCCACCCCUGCGGCAGCGUCCGUUGCAGCAGCAGCAACAGGAGGAGGGGAGGGAGGAGGGGAGGGAGGAGGGGAGGGAUGGGAGUACACGUUGAAGUCGUUUGUGGUGCAGGCAGGGUGGGGGCAUGCGAGCACGCGGGAGGAGCAGGAGGCGGCGCUCAGGCACGUGGUGCCGGUGAUCCCCCCUCCGUGUGGCCACCUGUUGACUUUCGUUGACUCCUCAGAUGCUGACGUGCAGCACGUGGCACGAGAGGCGGUGGCGAGUGCGAAUGAGAGGCGGAUGGUUAUGCUGGGAUACAGAGAGUACACCCUCACUCUGCUGGCAGCAUAUGAGAGCACCCGCAUGGCAGCUCACUAUACCGUGCACCCGAUUGAUGUGCUUGUAGCGAAGGCCAAUGUGGUGGAGGGUGCAGGAAUCAACUAA